CGAGAAAUUGUGGAGCACGAGGUGGCGGCGCGAUGAUGUCGGACUUCGAGUACCUGCAGCAACGCCUUCGGCUGCAUGUGGAUCUCAUGGGUCGACGCCUGGAAGGUGUGUCAGAACUCAUCCUGGCUCCCAAAAUUGAUAGCAUCAAGCGGAUCCGGGUGCAUUGUCGGCAAUGCGUGGUGUCCAAGGUGACUGUGAACGGCGUCGAAGCACGAUUUGAGCACCAUGAUUUCCUCAGUGAGGUCGUCCAAGAGAGCUACCGAGACUGGAACUCGUUCGACUUGUUCUACCGCGGGGCGAUUGUUGCGUCGAAGGAAGGGACCUUGGUGAUUGAAAUGCCGCCUACAGUUCGUAUCGUGGACCAAAACGACAGCACCGUCGACGACGAGAAAAAAUCGGACAUCGAAACCGCAACCGACGACGAGCGCGAUGCCACUGCGGUGUGGGACUCGUCCAACCACCUCCCACCCAGUUCCACGGCCUUUGCGCCGGUCGUCGUCCGCAUCGAGUACACAGUGUCGAAUCCUCGCGGCGGCGUUCGCUUCAUGUUGCCAGACGCCUUGCAUCCCGAACGCGUGCCGCACAUGUACACGUAUUGCGGUCCCUUUGGCGGUCUCUGCGAUGGCGCGCGCACGUGGAUGCCGUGCCGCGAUUUGCUCAGUGACAAGUGUACUUUCCGUCUGGAAUUGAUCGUGCCGGCGUCUUGCGUGGCCGUGUGCAGCGGUCGUCUGGUGGGCCAAAGCUUGGACGCGCACAAACUCCACCGCUCGUUCCGGUUCGUGAUCAACACCAAGACCAGCUGCAGCCUCGUUGGAUUUGCCGUCGGGCCAUUUCGCAUGCACAUCGCCGAACACAUGCCGCGCGUCGCGCACUUUUGCCUCCCGGACCGUGUCGCAGACCUCACCACGUCCACCCAGUUUCGAGACCCCCAUUUCGUCACGUUCUUUGAAACGUACCUCAAUGCGCGGUACCCGUUCGCCACGUACUCGCAGAUCUUUGUGGAAGACCCGCCCGUGGACUGCCAGUACUUUGCGGGGCUGUCUGUGCUCAACCAAGACAUUCUGUACGGCCCCACGAUCAUCGACCGGGCGCCAGUGUCCCAAGCGAUUCAGAUCAAGGGCUUCAUCGGGAGCUGGAUUGGAGGAGCGAUCGGGAUUCAAUCGACAAAGCACGCGUGGGUGUUGGUGGGGGUGGUCGGGUACUUGUUUGAUCUGUACGUGCAGUCUGUGAUGGGCGACGAAGCGUACGGAUACCGCAUUCAGCUGGCCCUGGACGCGCUCGUGAUGAUGGAGCUGUUGGCCGAGGGCGGCCCGCCCAGUUUGAUGUACGAAGACGUGGACGUGUACGGCGAGUACGACCCGUCGUACAUGGCGUUCCUCGAAGCCAAAGCGCCGCUGAUUCUGCGCAUGAUCGAGCGCAAGGUCGAGCGCAAGCACAUGCAGUUUGCCCUGCAGCGUAUCGUCAGCGGCACGUCCUCAAACACCAAGCAGACGUCCCCCCCCACGACCACCCCCGACAAGGACGACGACAAGGAAGAUGAAGAUGAUGCCAUGUUAGAUGGAGACAAAGAUUCGACACCCGCCGUGAGCGGCCAGACGCAGCCGCUGAGCACGUGGUACCUGCUCAGCACGGUCAAGGAGGUCGCAGGGGCGCCGGGUCGAGAUUUAUGCCGGUCGUUCUUGCAGACGUGGAUCGUGCGGGGGGGGCUGCCAUUCAUUUCCGUCGGCUUUUGGUACAACCGCAAGCAAACCCAGGCAGAAUUGGUCUUGGAACAAUCGUUGCUCGCUGGGUGUGAAAAGUUUGAGGGCGGGAUCAAAAUCACGAUUGUCGAAGACUCUGGCGAGUACUCGGACCUCCGCCGCGUUGAAAACAUGCGGCACAAGUGGGAGUUUGCAUGCCACAACAAGGUCCGAAAGAAGCGGCGAACGCGCCAGAAGCUCGACCAGUCGGACGACGACUACUCGCAGCAGAUCACGGCCGCGGGCAUGGGGCUCAACGACACGCCCGUGUACUGGGUCAAAAUCGAUCCGGACGCUGGCUGGCUCAGCCACAUUGUCAUGUACCAGCCUGAUUUCAACUGGAUGGAACAGCUCAAUAGCGACUCGAGUGUGCGCGCCCGUGUCCACGCCGCCCGGGCGCUGGCGUUGUACCCGCUGCCCCAUGAAAAGGCACACGUGAUGGCGUGUCGGGUGCUCACAGAAGCCAUGUCUGGCCUCACCACGCACUGCAACCGCAUUCGCGCGGAAGCUGCCAUCUCGCUCGGUAUUUGGCAAUCGCUGCACGCGCCGCACACGAACGUCAACAUGGCGCUGCCCGAGUGGAAAGGCAUGCAAAACUUGGUGCGCAUUUUCAAAGAGCAUUUCUUUGACCGGUCAGCUGACAUGCCACUGCCAAACUACUUUUUGCCGUCAGGGGGCAAAGUCGUGCUCGAGAGCGUGGGGGCCGUCUCGACCAACUCGACCACGCGUGAAAUCCGCAUCCAAGACUACGCCGAAGGCGAGUACGAGAUCAAGAAGGCCAUCCCGCGGGGCCUCGCCAUGGUACGGUGUCGCACGGGGUUCUCGCCCCCCGAGAUCGAAACGUUUCUGCUGCAGUUGCUCACCCAGAACGACAACUCGAAAAACUACGUCGACAGAGCCGACGAGUCGUGUGUGGCGGACGACUGCUUUUACCUGGGCAGUCUCAUCCUGAGUCUGUCCGUGCUCAACCUCGAGGUCCGCGCGGCCGCCCCCACCGCCGCGGAAAUCACCCGCCUCUUGCAUUACGACGACGUCCACCCGAGCUACCGCCACACGAUCACUGUGUGCUGCCUUGAAGCGCUGUGCAAUUUGCAGUUGGCUGGCCGAUUCACCGACCUGGAUGGGGUCUCGUACCACAAGUAUGCGUCCCCAGCGUACCCGUCGGUGGUUCGCCAGGCGGCGAUCGAGAGCAUCCUGCGGCUCUACUUUGCCGAAGACCCCCGCGGCGACCCCACGGCACCGCGCCGUGAUAAAUCGCGCGUCUUCGGACCCGUCGCCGCCAUUUCGUACGCGCUCAAGCUGAUCGACGCAGACGACAGCCCUCGCAUUCGUCGGUUUGGGGUCCAAGUGUGCUUGAAUUGCGUCCGCGGGUUCCCCCCCAGUGUGGCGGCCCAUGUGCUGUCGACACGGGACCACGCGUACACGCUGAGCAUCAUGCACCGGAUUCAAAUGGAAGUACCCGGCGCGUUCGUGCAAAAGUCGCCGACAAAGGACGUCGUGGCCAAGGCAUUCUCGCCGCCAUCGCUCGCGCCCCUGCGAGACGACAGCGGCGCGGCGCGGGACGUGGCCGAGCGCAUGUGGGCGCUCAUGAACACGGCGGCCGCGUUAGAUCAGCCCCUGCGCGUAUCCCUAUGCAUCUUGUACCGCAAGAUAUGGGGCGACACGACGCCCAUCUGCGUGGCCCACACGGUGCAGGACAAGGCGGCCGACUGGGCUGGCGGGUACGAAUCGUUUCGACGGCUGAUUGACUUGAGCAAGACCAACAUGACGGCCAAGAAGGCGGCGCCGUCGUCGGGGUACGUGCCCAAGGGGGCAUCGAGUGACGACAAGAAGCGGCCGUCAAUGUUUGGGUCUCCUCCGCUGUCGAGUGGACUGGACCACCUCAAAGGCAAGAAACUCAAGUUGAAAUUUGGAGACAGUACCAUUGCAUCGCACAAACUCUAAGAAGACUGGCAACUAAAUAUAUAGAAAAAAUGGGUAUAAUAAACCCACACAAGUACUUUAGUG